CUGGUACAAAUCGAUAAACUCAAUUCGUUGGCAUCACAAAAUGGGCACCAGGAUGUCGAAGAAGGGUGGUGUUGGAGAAAUAUAUCAAAAAGAUAUGGCACUUACACAAUUCGGUUUUAUGGGAUACGUCCUUACUACACCUAGGUCUUUUGGGCUGAACACUACAUUGGAAGAAGAAGAAGCAUUUAAUCAUUUCUGGCGUGUAAAUGGUUAUAUGUUAGGCAUCCCUGAUAAAUUGAAUAUUUCUCGCAAAAACGCAAAAGAAACUACCGAACUAUGUCAUAAAAUCAAAAAUUUGUAUGGAACUUAUUUGAGUAACGGUUCAUCUGAAUUUGAUGAAAUAGCGAUAACUGCGUUAAAUGCAGUAUGGUACAUUGAUAUAACCGUGGAUAUAGAUUCUUUCAUGGCAUUCGCUUAUAAAUUACAUGGACUCCCAGGUAAAUAUUCAAUUUUC